CUUCCCUAUUAUGCGCGAGCGGAUGGAAAAGUCAUACCACAUUUCCACGAGUCUACGGAGCCAGAGCUUUCUAUGCUGCCCACUGAUCCGGGAUCGCAAGUCACAGACGGAUAGCGCACAAGUAUAACCGGAGAAGGAGUCGGUGUUGUGCUGGGAGCCGGAGGUUUGCUGGAUUCCAUCUCUAAGAUAACGUUACCUAGUGUUGCAGACUGUCUGUUGAUGUGGAAGAGAAGCUAUUAUUGAGACUGAUCAGGUGUACUUGAAGCUCAUCUGAUUCUUCUCUUCAUCAUCAUCAUCCCCAUCAUUGUGUGUGUAGAGAUGCCACCAGCAACAGGAGGGCCAGUGGGCUACACUCCUCCAGAGGGCGGCUGGGGCUGGGCAGUGGUUGUAGGGGCCUUCAUCAGCAUUGGGUUCUCCUACGCUUUUCCCAAGUCCAUCACAGUGUUCUUCAAAGAGAUCGAGGUGAUCUUCAAUGCCACCAGCAGUCAAGUGUCAUGGAUCUCCUCAAUUAUGCUGGCUGUCAUGUAUGCAGGAGGACCAAUCAGCAGUAUUAUGGUGAAUAAGUUUGGCAGUCGGCCAAUCAUGAUUGCUGGGGGCUGUCUGUCUGGCACAGGAUUGGUUGCCGCAUCAUUCUGUAACACAGUGGAGGGCCUUUACUUCUGUGUGGGAGUUAUAGGUGGCCUGGGUUUGGCUUUCAAUCUCAACCCAGCAUUGACCAUGAUUGGUAAAUACUUCUACAAGCGUCGACCAAUAGCUAAUGGCAUCGCAAUGGCGGGCAGCCCAGUGUUUCUGUCCACAUUGGCCCCACUGAACAGCUGGCUGUUUGAUCAGUAUGGGUGGAGGGGCAGUUUCCUCAUCCUGGGUGGAGCUUUGCUGAACUGUUGCGUUGCAGGAUCGCUAAUGCGGCCCAUUGGACCAAAACCACUGCCUACCAGACCGAAAGAGGAAGAACCGAAACGGCAAGAGAAAAAAACUGUCCUGCAGACUGUAAACAGUUUUCUGGAUCUGACCCUCUUCACCCACCGAGGCUUCUUGCUGUACCUGCUUGGAAACGUCAUAAUGUUCUUCGGCCUCUUUGCACCCCUUGUCUUCCUCAGUAACUACGCAAAAAGUAAAGACAUUUCCAAGGAUAAGGCUGCUUUUUUAUUGUCCAUUCUGGCCUUCACUGACAUGAUCGCACGGCCGUCCAUGGGCCUAGUGGCCAACACACGCUGGGUCCGUCCACGCAUACAGUACUUCUUUGCCUUAUCUGUGCUGUAUAACGGUGUCUGCCACCUGAUGGCGCCAUUCUCCACAGAUUACAUGGGCUUUGCUAUUUAUGCCGUGUUUUUCGGUGUGGCAUUCGGCUGGCUCAGUUCCGUACUCUUCGAGACACUUAUGGACCUGGUGGGUGCUCAGAGAUUCUCCAGUGCAGUCGGCCUGGUCACCAUCGUAGAGUGUGCUCCUGUACUGCUGGGGCCUCCGUUACUAGGAAGACUCAAUGACAUCUACCAUGAUUAUAAAUACACAUAUCAGAGUUGUGGAGCCGUCCUUGUGGUGGCCAGCGUAUUUCUGUUCGUCGGAAUGGGAAUCAACUACAGACUGUUGGACAAAGAGAAGAGGGAGGAGGAGAAAAGAGCCAGGCAGGAAGGGGAUGAUGAAGAGACAAAUAUAGACAAUGCCUUGAAAGAGAAGGCAAAUGAGGCAGAGAGAGACUCGUGCGAUGCAUGAGCAGUCAUGGCUAAAAUGGAGAAGGACAAUAUAUAAUGCGCGCACACGCACGUCUUCCAAUUCUGACAGUCCAAAAUAAUAAAUGCAAAUGAAUCCCCUCUGAGGAGUCACAAUGAGCCAAUGUUUAAGAAAAAGCACAAUCUGCUGCCAAGAAAUUCUCCCAUAUGCUCCUGAGAAGUUAAUUUCAUUGUAUCACCACCUUAUGAUAUGGUUUUAUUUUCCAGUGCCAACAUUCAUAUGGGUGUGUUUUUACCCUCCUUAAUGUCAUAAUUCACCUUUUGCUGAUACAUUAUGGCCAUGAUGAGCGCAUUUCUAGAUUUAGACUUACACAGUUCAUCAGCCUUUAAAUACACGGCCAGUGCACACUUCACAAUAGAGCUGAAUCUCUCUGCUGAGAGUGAUUUAAUGUGAAGCACAGAUCCUGUGUCAUCAUCUCUGUGUGAAGGGGAGUUGAGAAUUUGUCAGUUUUGGACAAAGAGAGAAGACCCUUUCACUCUGUCUUCCAUUGUAGGAAUCGGGCUAGAUGUCUUUUUGACUAAAGGUCAUUAUAUUAAAUGGACACACCAAUUUUUAAUGUAGAAAUGUUUUGUUUUAGUAUCUGUGUGCAGUCUUUGCUAUUCCAAUUGGCUGGUUGAGAAUACUACCAGGCUUUGCUUGAGAUCAACAAUUCAUGGUUUGUAUACGUUCUGAGAGCUCUUGUCAAAUAUAAUCUGUUUUGUGGCAGGUUGCAAUGUAGGAAGCUCUUGUGCCUUUGAUUGGGUGCCUUUCUAUCUACAGUGCAUACAUGUAUUUCUAUAUAAAGGCCAUAAAUGUAA